GCUCAGCCCGGCCCCGCGCGCCACCGCCCGGCGUCCAAUCGGGAGGCGCCCAGCCGCAUACGGGAUGAGCGCGCCCGGCGGCGGGCGGCCGAGCAGGAGCUGAGCCCAGGGGAGCGGAGGGACCCUCCGACUGCGAUCUUUCUGGAUCCCUGUCUGAUUGCUCCAUGGUCUCAAACUCUCCCCUGUAACUGUCGCAAGGAGCCAAAAUGAAGUUGAAGCAUAACAUCAACCCCGUUCUUCUGCAGUUUAUAAACUUUAUCAUCUUGAUGUACACGGUUUUAACAUACAUUCCUUGGUACAUAUUUUCAGGCUCGAGGCAGGCUAUAGCAAAAUCCAAGCAGGUUAAGGCUAGACCUGUGAAUAACAGGCCUGGGGGUGCGUACAGGUCUGUUAACAGUAUGCACUGCUUAGCUUCUGUUCUGUAUCCUGGCUGUGAUACACUUGACAAAGUUUUUAAGUAUGCUAAAACUAAGUAUAAGGACAAAAAGCUCCUAGGAACGCGGGAAAUCCUGAAGGAGGAAGAUGAAAUCCAGCCAUCAGGAAAGGUUUUCAAAAAGGUCAUCCUUGGCAAGUACACCUGGCUUUCAUAUGAAGAUGUAUACAUCAAAGCUGUUAAUUUUGGAAAUGGCUUAGCAGUGUUGGGUCAGCAACCAAAGACAAACAUUGCUAUCUUCUGUGAGACUAGAGCUGAGUGGAUGAUUGCAGCACAAGCCUGCUUUAUGUGCAACUACCAGCUUGUUACUCUGUAUGCUACCCUAGGAGGUGCAGCAAUAGUACAUGGGCUAAAUGAAACAGAGGUGACCACCAUCAUCACUAGUAAAGAAUUGAUGCAAACCAAAUUGAAGGAAAUUGUUUCUCAAGUUCCACGGCUGCGACAUAUUAUUACAGUGGAUGGCAAACCGACAACAUGGUCAGAAUUUCCCAAGGGUGUCAUUGUUCACACUAUGGCUUCUGUGCAAGCUAUGGGAGCCAAGGCAGAUAGUGGAAACAAACAGCAAGCCAGGCCUGUACCCUCUGAUAUCGCAGUGAUCAUGUACACAAGUGGAUCUACAGGAAUUCCCAAAGGAGUUAUGAUCUCCCACUGCAACAUAAUUGCUGGUAUAACUGGAAUGGCUGAAAGGAUUCCAAAUCUGGGGGAAAAAGACAUUUAUGUUGGCUAUUUGCCUCUUGCCCAUGUUCUGGAGCUGAGCGCUGAACUUGUGUGCCUGUCUCAUGGAUGCCGCAUUGGUUACUCUUCACCUCAGACAUUAGCUGACCAGUCCUCUAAAAUCAAGAAAGGAAGCAAAGGUGAUGUUACUACACUUAAACCAACCCUAAUGGCAGCUGUCCCGGAAAUUAUGGAUCGAAUCUACAAAAAUGUCAUGAAUAAGGUAAAUGAAAUGACGAGUUUCCAGCGAAAUCUAUUUAUAUUGGCCUACAAUUACAAAAUGGAACAGAUUUCCAAAGGUUACACGACCCCACUCUGCGAUAGCCUUAUUUUCCGGAAAGUACGAAUGCUGUUAGGUGGAAAAAUCCGCAUCCUGCUUUGUGGAGGAGCUCCGCUCUCUGCUGCUACUCAGCGAUUUAUGAACAUCUGCUUCUGUUGCCCUGUAGGGCAGGGGUAUGGGCUCACUGAAUCAGCUGGAGCUGGAACAAUCACAGAAGUUUGGGACUACACUACAGGGAGAGUUGGAGCACCUUUGGUUUGCUGCGAAAUCAAGUUAUUGAACUGGGAAGAAGGUGGAUAUUACAACACUGAUAAACCAUAUCCUAGAGGUGAGAUUCUUAUUGGAGGACAAAACGUGACUGUGGGCUACUAUAAAAAUGAAGGACGAACCAGAAAAGAUUUCACUGUUGAUGAGAAUGGGCAGAGGUGGCUCCAUACUGGAGAUAUUGGAGAGUUUCAUCCAGACGGAUGUCUAAAAAUUAUUGAUCGUAAAAAAGACCUUGUAAAACUGCAAGCGGGAGAAUAUGUUUCUCUUGGCAAAGUAGAAGCAGCUCUGAAGAAUCUUCCGCUGGUAGAUAACAUUUGUGCAUAUGCAAGCAGUUUCCAUUCUUACGUCAUUGGAUUUGUUGUGCCAAAUCAAAAGGAGCUUGUAGAACUAGCUCGAAAGAAAGGAUUUAAAGGAACCUGGGAAGAAAUCUGUAACAGUUCAGAGAUGGAAAAAGAGGUACUGAAGGUGCUGGCUGAGGCUGCCAUGGCAGCUAAUCUGGAGAAGUUUGAAAUACCAGUAAAAAUCCGUUUGAGCCCUGACCCUUGGACCCCUGAGACUGGCCUAGUGACAGAUGCGUUCAAACUAAAGCGCAAGGAGCUCACGGCUCAUUAUCAGAUGGACAUCGAUCGGAUGUACGGAACAAAUGUAAAAUAAAUAUUUUUCUGCACCAUUUUGCUACAGUGAGCUCAGAUCAAAUAGGAAAUACUUGAAUUGCCUGUCUCAGCACUUGAGAUCAAACACCAAACCACCAUUCCUCAUUUGGAGCCUAAACUGUUAUUUCUGAUAACAUCACCUCGAUGACCGGCGAGUUUAGUAAAAUCUUAAGGCAGCAAACUCGUGUCUGUCUCCUUUUUUCCCAGUUUUCUCUUCUACCUUGUCAGUUCUUGGAUUCUCCUGACUGUUUUUGGGAAACCAUGAUUCUGAAGCCUCAAGUUUUUAAACAUUUAUAAAUCCUGUAUAAUGUUUUAUUUGUAUCUUUAACAUUUGGAUGUAUAUAGGGAGAACUUGGCUAUGUAAGAAAUGGUAAUACUGGGGGCCUUUUUUUACCUAACUAUUUAUAGAUAAGGUACUGAUGUUGUGACGUUAUGUAAAUUAAAAACGCUUAUAAUGAGAUCACUGUUGAACAGAGGUUCAUUUGCUGCUGUGGUAUUUUUCUGUGUGAAUCCAAGGGAGAAAAUGUUUGACAUUACAGCUUGUUUAAAACACCUCUAAUAUGUGCCUAAUGGUUUCUUUUAUUUUUGUCUGAAAGUGAAAAGGUGGUCACAGCACAGCUCUGCAUUAAGGUGGGUGACAGUGCAGGUGUUGGUGAGCAUCUUUUGUAUUAAAUAACACUAACACAGCAGAAAUGAAAUGCGAGAAUAAUCUCUUGAAUACAGAAGCCCCUUGAAGUAGCUUAUGACCAUUCCAUACAGUAGUUGAACUGUACAGAGCUAAUAAGAACUCUCAGAAUGAAUUUCAGUUAAUUCUUUAUAAGUUUGACAGUGUCUGUUUAGCAGAGGGACUGCAGCAAAUCCCAUUCUGUUUUCUUGUUAGGUUUGGACAACACAGUGGGUUUACUGUUUGGGUUGUACAAGUAUGAUUACAGCCCUGUUCUGUGCUAGCUGCAAUCCAAAUCUUACUGGGGAGAGGGGAACCUAAAGUCCUAAUAGCAGUUAUGUUCUCAGUUCACACAGUGCCUAGCUGCCCUUUGUGCCAUUACAAAUCUCCCUUUUAAUGUUGUGUUCUUCUAUUCAGAGGUUUGGGGUUUUUAGUUUUUAUUUUUCAUUUUAAAAACAGAUCUUUGAGGUAUUUGUCAGCCAGAGCUGUAUUUGUGUUACUUGUCUAAUCAUUACACCCGAAUUCUUACUUUGG